AAAAGAUUCCUAAAUGCACUUGGCUUCUGUCGUCGCUCUCUACAAAAACCCUAGUUCGUUUCUCUUAUCUCUCUCUUUUAACAAGCACAAACACAGACACUCUCACUCUCUGGCCUUUCGGGAGAACGCUUGUACUCGCAGAUCUCAAAUUUGAGCGAAACGUUUCUCCGUUAAGCCAUGGCUCUGGUCUUGCAUGCUGGGAAGGGAAACAAAAAUGCAUUCAAGGCACUCAUUGCUGCAGAGUACAAUGGUGUGCAAGUCAAAUUGGUGGAUAAUUUUGAGAUGGGUGUCACAAAUAAGAGCCCUGAGUUUCUGAAGAUGAACCCAAUUGGGAAGGUUCCUGUGUUGGAGACACCUGAUGGUCCUGUAUUUGAAAGCAAUGCCAUAGCUCGUUAUGUUGCCAGAUCCAAAGCUGACAGCUCCCUCUAUGGUUCUUCUCUGAUUGAUUAUGCCCAUGUUGAGCAGUGGAUUGAUUUUGCUUCACUGGAGAUUGAUGCUAAUAUGUUGAUUUGGUAUAGACCAAGAAUGGGACGUGCUGUAUACCUUCCACCAGUUGAAGAAGCAGCUAUUACUGCUCUGAAGAGAGCAUUGGGUGCUUUGAAUUCCUAUUUGGCUUCAAACACGUACUUGGUUGGGCACUCUGUCACUCUGGCUGACAUUGUCUUGACUUGCAACUUGUACUGGGGAUUUAGGCAAUUAAUGACAAAGAGUUUCACUUCUGAGUUCCCACACGUAGAGAGAUAUUUUUGGACCUUGGUUAACCAACCAAAUUUUAAGAAGAUUAUUGGUGAUGUGAAGCAAACUGAUUCUGUCCCAGCUGUUCAGUCUGCAAAGAAGCCUGCUCCAGCAAAGGAAACUAAACCAAAGCCCAAAGAGGAGCCAAAGAAAGAGAAGGAGGCACCGAAGCCCAAAGCUGAAGCUGUUGAGGAGGAAGAGGCACCAAAACCCAAGCCAAAGAAUCCUCUUGAUCUGUUACCUCCAAGUAAGAUGAUACUAGAUGAGUGGAAGAGGCUUUACUCGAACACCAAAACGAACUUCCGUGAAGUUGCAAUUAAAGGAUUCUGGGACAUGUACGAUCCUGAGGGAUAUUCGUUAUGGUUCUGUGACUACAAAUACAAUGAGGAGAACACUGUAUCAUUUGUCACUUUGAACAAAGUCGGUGGAUUCCUUCAAAGAAUGGAUCUUGCUCGCAAGUAUGCAUUUGGAAAGAUGCUAGUGAUUGGCUCUGAGCCUCCAUUCAAAGUCAAGGGUUUGUGGCUCUUCCGUGGGCAAGAAAUUCCUCAAUUUGUUAUCGAUGAGUGUUAUGACAUGGAGUUGUAUGAAUGGAAAAAGGUUGACAUUACAGAUGAAACCCAAAAGGAACGAGUGAAUCAAAUGAUUGAAGAUCAAGAGCCUUUUGAGGGAGAGGCUCUUUUGGACGCCAAGUGCUUUAAGUGAUCAAUCUGAAAAUACUUAUCUAGCUAAGAGGUGGUUAUAUUUUAGUUUUUCGCAAGAGUAUGCUCGUGUUUCGUAGCAUUUUGUGAUUCUGUGAUGAUAUUUUAACUUGUUUGCUGUCACAUUUUUGAGUAUCAGUUGGAACAUCAUUUUAAUACAAUUUUUUCAUAUUUAUGUUUUGAAA